AUGGCAACCACCGGGACCGCAGACCCAGCGCUCAACAAGGAGUAUAACAACGACAGCGCAACUCACGACCACGCUCCCACCAACGGAGCCAUCCCCACUCAACGAGCUCCAUACGACUAUGGAGGAAAUCCCCUCGCACACCUGAAUACUGGAGAAUCAGCUCGAUUCCCGGCCUUCGGUGGUGAAUUCCAGCCAGGGCUUUACAAGCCUACCACUGGACGCAAAUUCGCCAACCCAGCCCCUCUCGGUCUGAGUGCUUUCGCCCUCACUACUUUCGUCCUUUCACUCAUUAACGUCGGUACCCGGGAUGUCGCUGAGCCCAACAUUGUCGUUGCGCUUGCUUUCGGAUAUGGUGGUCUUGUUCAAUUGCUCGCUGGCAUGUGGGAAAUGGCUGUAGGAAACACCUUUGGUGCCACAGCGCUAUCCUCAUAUGGUGGCUUCUGGUUAUCAUUUGCAAUUGUUCUCACUCCCGGGGGUUUCAACAUUCAAGACGCCUAUUCUGCCACUGGAUCCGGUAAAUACGACUUCGCCAACGCCUUCGGAUUCUUCCUCUCGGGAUGGUUCAUCUUCACGACUAUUCUCCUGCUUUGUACGCUUAGAUCAACAGUCGCUUUCUUCUUACUGUUCUUCUUCCUCGACUUGGCGUUCCUGUUCUUGUUCCUCGGAUACUUGUACGCCAGCGACUCUGGCCUCAACGCCAACUUGAUCAAGACCGGAGGUUAUUUCGGACUCUUUGCUGCGUUUAUGGCUUGGUACAAUGCAUUGGCUGGUAUUGCGGAUGAUAGCAACUCCUUCUUCGUCAUCCCCGUCGCACACUUCCCCUGGUCCGAGAAGGGACGCGAGCGUCGCGGCCUCAAGACCGAGCGCGAGACUGUCUAA